GAUUGGGUUGCUGAAAUUAUGACAUAUUAUCUGCUAAUUUUUCAUGGGCCAUGAGCAGUAAAAUUUAAAAGGAUCGCCUGAAAAUUUGAGAUGUAUCAUAAAAGUGUCAAGAAAUGAGUUUUUCUCAGCUAAUUACUUCAAGCUUUUAUGAGUAGAAACUAUAUAAUUUGCAAUAACAUUGAGAUGACUUCAAAUAAUCCUGCUAUGCACCUUCAUGAGGAAAGACUGUGUGUCUGUGUCCGUGGUGGAUAUAAUUGGAACAGAAAAUGUUUCAUUUGAUGCUUUGAGCAAGGCUCAUUUGUAGGCAGUACAUGGAUGGUUAAGGAACAAGUAAACAAACUGUAUCUAUUUCUUUCAUCAAAUGACUUUGUGAGGAUAUACAUAUACAUGACAGAAAUUGUACAGAGACAAUGCUUCAACGGACUAGUACAAGACUUGCACAAGGAAUGGCAGUUAAACUAUAACCAAAUGAGACUGCGAAAAUUUGGUCACUUUUGGAUUUGCCCACUUCACAUAUACAAAUAAUUUUUCACAUCCGUUGGUCGGCCGUUCGCAUUGAUUUUUGAUUUCUUGCUACUCAUUGGUGGCCGGUUGCAGUUGCAGUCGCAGUCGCACUUGACUCGAUUCACCGUAGUUUCUGUUAAAUUCCGCAUUUGAUGUUGCUUCUUCCAUCUGGUCCCUUCUGAAAAUUCAUCCUUGUCUUCGCCGGCGCCUAUCCAUGGCGCUCCAGUCUUUUUCGCAGCCAUCCUAUAUCUUCUUCUCCAUUGAAGCGCACUUUGUUUGAAUGCCUCAGGUCUAUAAAUAUCCUUGUGUGAUGGCAAGUCUUAAUUAAUCAUGUGCAUUGAUGCCAUCAACUCGGGUUUAUUAAAUAGUAAUGUUGCAAUUUAGGAAAGACAUUAGAAUUCUCCUAAAGCUGUGUGAUGGGAUGCUGCGGGAAAAGGGUGUUGUUGACCGACUGGUUUAUGGUUCUUUUUUUGUCAAAUUGCUCGUUUGUAUUCCCAUCUUCUGAUGGCGGCCCUGGUUAUAUGGUUCUGUGCUUAACAGGAAUCAGGACUUUCCUGCAAUUCGAGGUGCUUUGGAGAUGCCAUGGUGAGAUUACUUUGGAGAAUUAGCUGUAUGAUUGAUUACGUCACAACUCGAGGAAAAUAGUGAUGAAGUAGAAAAAAUACCAGCCACGACCAUUUUCGUUGGACUUAUAGCUGGUGUUGCAGUACUCACUGUGUUCCUGUCAUUCUUCAUGAGUAAACUCUUCGCCAAGAAUAAAUGUAACUGCAGAUCUCCAUGUUUGCUUCAUUUACAAAUGGGAAUUAAUUGAGAAUUUUGGCUUUUAUUUGACUGCAGGUGCAGCUGAUAAGAAAAGAACGGUUGAAAAAGACCCCGUUAAAAUUUAUCCUCUAGUAGUUCUAAUUUUUUACAUUUUUGCAGAAACAUAGAACAUUGGACAUUGACACAGUGACUAGGUGUAGGGAUGACCAAGUACAGUUUGGGACUUCUGUCAUUGGUUUUAUUUCUUUCUCUGUAGGAAAACAUCUAGACAAACUUGGAGAUCUUAAACUCAUGUGGAGGAUUACUCAUAAAUGCCAUGAGUUUUCCUCGAAACUGUUAAGAGUAGUUUAUUAUAAACGAAGUUAGAUGAACUUGAUGUUUUCUCUCUGUCAAUCCUGUAACACGCAAACUUUGACAAUUUUGCAGCUUUUCUAUCUCCUAAUUGCCAUUGAAAAACUUAUCCGCUCACGGACUGAAACUUUCAUAACACAUCAGGUCUAUGAUGCAAGAUGGAACUAUGAGCAACGACUAAUUGUUACGUGCAUGUUGCAAAACGAAGGUAUGGAAGCUAUCCCUUCUGAUCUGAUUGUCGAAAUACUAUCAAGACUUCCAGUUAGAGAGCUUGGCAAGUUAAGGUGUGUUUGCAAACAAUGGUACGGAUUACUAGUAUGUAACAAUGAAUUCACUGGAGAGCACAUGAAACACACCAAAAGAAAGCCUCUUCUGCUGCUGCGUAGAUAUUCUUCCAACUUUUUAGUAGAGGUAAAGACAAAUAAAGUGUCAGUUGAGCUCACAGCCAUAGACUUGGAGGGAACUGUAAUAAACAAUUUCAGGACCGUGGUGAACGGCCCUGUUCAUACAUUUGUCUCUUGCGCUGCUUUAGCCAUUUUAUGCUGCAUGAGAUCCCUUUAUGUUUUUAAUCCCAGCACUGGACAAGGCCUUUCCAUCCCACGUUCUUCUGCUGCUGCUUCUUUUUACACGAUUGGCUUUGGCUACCUUCCUAAAUCGAAUGAAUAUAAGAUCAUUCAUUUGUUCUUGGUUCCAUCUGUUGGAGAGGGGAAAAUGAGGUCCGAGAUUUUAACUCUAAGAGAUGGGGAGGGAGUAAUCACCGAUUCUUGGAGAUCAAUCGGAAACUGCCCUCAAAGUGUAUCAGCAAGUGAUUGCCUAUGUUUGAACGGCAUUGUUUUCUGGGAGAUUUCACGAUUGUGUAAAGGGCCACAAGGCAAAGAAAUUGCCUCAUUUGAUUUGUACAAGGAAGAAUUCAAGGUAUAUAGCUAUCCUGUGUGUGAUUCUACCAAGUAUUCAAUGAUGGGAUUGACAGGAUUUCAAGGGACUUUAUCUGUAGUGGGAUUUGCUGCAGAAACAUCAACUAUGGAUGUAUGGCUGAUGAAGGACAAUAACAGUGGGAUUUGGGUGAAAGAAUAUACUGUUGAUCUCUUCUGUUUAGGUGCUGAAAGUCUAAUCCCAUCGGAUUAUUACAGCGGAGAUAUACUCAUAAGCACAAAACAAAAAGAUCUGAUACAGUAUAGCAUCAGAAAUCAAACAUCCACAAAAAUAAGUUACUGUAGAACCAUUGGGACCUUUCGUAAGCCCUGCCUUUACUAUGAAAGUCUCUUUUCUCUGCACAAGAUUGUAUAGCCUUCAUAUAUGUGGAGAAUCUGCUCAACAGCAUUGUCAUGAUAUUUUCUAAGUUUCUAAUAGUGCUAUGUUAAGUGUGUAAAAUUGUCAAUAACAAUGUAUACAUUAUGUGUUGGACAUCUUCUUCUUCUUCUUCUUCUUAGAUAUAUAUGUAUA